CUUCGCAGCCAUUCCUCCUCUAGGAGCAGCCUCCCUUCGCAGCCAUCCCUCCUCUAGGAACAGCCUCCCUUCGCAGCCAUCCCUCCUCUGGGAACAGCCUCCCUUCGCAGCCAUUCCUCCUCUAGGAGCAGCCUCCCUUCGCAGCCAUCCCUCCUCUAGGAGCAGCCUCCCUUCCCUUCCCGGCUGCAUCUCCUGCAAGCGAGGGCUGCCCGCCCUAAAGCGUGGCCGAGCUCGGGAAGAAGGACGGGAACGGGCGCUGCUGCCCAAACGCGGGCUGGUUUAAUGUGUGUGCUUGCCGUGUGUUUUGUAGGUGCGAAAGGAAAGAGGAUGGAAGAAGGAAACGCUGCCAAGGAAAGAGUGCUCAUUACUGGAGGAGCAGGUUAUUUUGGCUUCCGUUUAGGUUGUGCCAUAUAUCAAAAGGGAGUCGAUGUGAUCCUCUUUGAUGUCGUGAAGCCACUUCAAACCGUGCCAGAGGGAAUAAAGUUCAUGCAGGGGGAUAUCUGUUGCCUGUCUGAAGUGGAAGAAGCUCUCAGAGAUGUAAUCUGCGUGUUCCAUAUCGCUUCCUAUGGCAUGUCUGGCAGGGAGCAGCUGAACCGAAAACUUAUAGAAGAUGUUAACGUGAAAGGAACAGAAAAUAUCAUCCAGGCCUGCAAGAGCAGGGGAGUGUCGAGCCUGGUUUAUACAAGUACCUACAACGUGAUAUUUGGAGGCCAGGUUAUAGAAAAUGGGGACGAGUCUCUGCCUUAUCUGCCUCUGCACCUUCACCCUGAUCACUACUCCCGAACGAAAUCUCUAGCUGAAAUGAAGGUGCUGGAGGCAAACGGAGCUGAGCUGGGAAAUGGCAGAGGUGUGCUGAGGACCUGUGCCCUCCGCCCAGCAGGGAUCUACGGGCCCGGGGAGCAGAGACACCUCCCGAGGAUAGUCAGCUACAUCGAAAGGGGACUGUUCAAAUUUGUCUAUGGAGACCCUCUGAGCCUGGUAGAGUUUGUACACGUGGACAACCUGGUCCAGGCUCACGUCCUUGCCUCCCAGGCCCUCAGAGCCAGCAAGCAGCACGUUGCUGCAGGCCAGGCCUAUUUUAUUUCUGAUGGCAGGCCUGUAAAUAACUUUGAGUUUUUCCGACCGCUAGUGGAAGGUUUGGGUUACAAGUUCCCAACCCGGCGCCUUCCCCUCUCCCUGGUCUAUUUUUUUGCAUUCCUUACUGAAAUAGUUCAUUUUGUUGUAGGGCGUGUUUAUAACUUCCAGCCCCUCCUCACUCGCACGGAGGUGUACAAAACUGGUGUCACCCAUUAUUUCAGCAUGGAGAAAGCCAGGAAGGAGCUGGGCUAUGAGCCCCAGCAGUACAGCCUGGAUGAAGUGGUGGAGUGGUUUAGAUCCCAGGGAUGUGGACCAAAGCCAAGGAAUUACACCAUGAUGCACCUGGUUAGGGAUGGAGCACUGCUUUUGGUGCUGAUUGCUGUGCUGGUCUCCUGGUUUCCAUCUGCAGCGACAUUUUCACUCUGAAAGAUGAAAUGCUGAGGACAGAAUUUAGUUAUGUUCUCUACUUGGUUUUGACAGACAGUUAAUAAAAGAUUUAAAAAAAAAUAUUUCCAGGAUUGAGGUAAAUAACAGCUUUAUCCCCAAGGAACAGAACUACUGAGUAAAAAGGUGUAAUUUUUUAUAUAUACUUUCUCUUCAAAGUAAAAUUGAUCAGAUCACUAACAAGAUGAAGCACAGUAUUACUACAAACAGCAUUUUAUUCCCAGGAACAACAGCACAAAACAGAGAAUGGAACAAAUGUCCUUAGGCUGACUCUUACUCCCUGAUGGGAUUAUACUCCUGAUCCCUGCCCUUUAUUCAUAGAGAGUUUGUGUUACAUGAUCCAGAGGAGAAUAAACUUACUCUGAUCACAUUCCAAACCCCACUUCUGCUUCCCAGCUUGGAUGUAUAUAUUCCUAACCAAGAUUAACUGAUAAACUGCUAGACAAUAAACAAAUGGGGUUUUUACAUGAAUCCAUUCUGGUAUGCUUUCCUGAGUUAACUCUGAUAUCUAAUGACAUUUCUGGAAAAUGCACCAUGCUUAAUCUAAAUUACAGGAAAGUGCUUGAAGCACCAAGAUUUGUAGAUUUUUCCAACAGUAAAAUAUACCUGUUUAAAAUCAA